AUGGGUUCCAAGUCCGCAUCACCAGGGCCAAGUGCAAAGCCAGCAACACCCGCAAAGCAGACGAGGUCCCGGAAAGGCACUCCGCCCAGUCAGGCUGAGCAAGGAAGGGCUGGCUCCGCGGGAGGUGUCGUUUUGCCAAAAGGGAAAGUAGCGAGAGCAUCGACUUCACCAGCAAAGAAAACUGCACCAGCAGCAGUUCGACCCUCAGUUGAUACAGCUGUAGCCGAAGCAAAGACCCCGAGAAGAAAGCCCAGGAAACUCAACAAAAGUCCCACCUCAACCCCUAUUAGCACCCCACCGUCCCCGACUCGCACCAACAUAUCGAAAGGGAGCCCUUCUUCCUCCGAGCUUGAAGCCCUGAAGGCACGAGUCAGGGAGCUAGAAGCAAAGGUCGAGAAGUUGUACAAGACAGGCGCGAUUUCAGACGCCCGCUCAGGCCGCUCACCCCGGCGAAGAGGCAAAGGACGAAAGGCUUCAACUACUACUGUUCAACUCACUCGCACCAACACGAACACAAGUGACGCAAGCAUUAACAAUGCAAGAGUCCAAGAAGUCGUCGACGACGAAGAAGACGCAGACGAAGAACUCGUCCGUCUAGAAGGCGAACUCGAAGUCGCCCGUCAAGACCUCGAGCACUACCGCCCCAGAACCCGGCGUGCCAAAUCCGACGAGACCGAGUACGUCGAGGAAAUCCCCCGACGCGCCAGCAACGGAGGCACAGAGCGACAAGUCACUCUCAGCGGCAGCUACCGCAUCCCGAUCCCCGCCUCAGUCAACCUCGAAGACGUCCAAACAAUCAAAUCCGGCGUCUCAGCCGCCCAAAACGUCGCUCGUUCAUUCCUCGAACAACGUCGUGCUGCCGCCGCUGCCGCUCGCGCAACGCAAGAAGCCCCAUCUCCAUCUUCAGCAUCAACAACGACAAGAGUGCCAGCGUCCAAGACGCGGCCCCAGCGCAGCAUGAGUUCGAAUCUCGAAGUUGCGGUGGAUAAUCGUGGGGGGAAGCAGAGCUGGAGCGAUUGGAUUGGCGGGUAUAGCAUGGCUAUUACGAGGGCGGUGAGUAAGAUUGAGCAUGAGGCUGCGGUUGAGGCGCAGAUGGCGCGGGGGAAUGGUGGUGGUGGUGGUGGUGCGAGGAGGACGAGUGUGCCGACGUCGAAGAAGAUGGCGGGGAAGAGGCCUGCUGCGAGGGCUACGUUGAGUGGGGAGCAGGUCCAUGGGCUUAUGAGUUGA